GUUAGAACAAAGAGCAAACAUGAAAUUCUGUGUAAAACUGGGUACGUCUGCUACAUUUUACAUCACCCAGCAAGUUUAUGGCGAUGCUGCAAUAAGUCGUUCAAGGUGUUCUGAGUGGCACAUGCACUUCAAGAGUGGAAGAAGACUGGAAGACGAUGAGAGAUCAGGAAGACCUUCAACGAGCUCAACCCCCAAAAAUGUUGAAACCAUUCAGCAACUUGUGCAUGAUGAUCGUUGGAGAACAAUACACAACAUUGCUGCCAUUGUUGUUGUGUCAUACAGAACAGUCCAGGCAAUCCUCACAUGUGGUUUGAACAUGCGCCAUGUUCCUGUCAAGUUCAUUCCCAGGCUUCUGACCCAGGAGCAGAAGGAACACCACAUCAAAGUCUGCCAAGAACUCUAA